AUGCGAUCGCCUUUCCAUAUACCGCUGCUCUUAGCAGUUCUCUCAUUCCUGCGACAUGUGGUCGCCGAUGACUACCUGCGCUCCACCUCGUUGGAACCAUGCAUGGACGACUCUCUCAUCACCGCCAGUCUCUUUGACGUGACUUAUUUCCCGGGAAACUCGUCUAUCAUGUACAAUAUCAACGCAAACGCUUCCGUAACAGGCAACGUCUCCAUGUCCCUCCAGGUAAUUGCAUACGGCUACUACCUUGAUCCUAUCAAUGUCGAUCCUUGUGCCGGAGAUACCUCUUUGUCAUCCAACUUCUGCCCGAUUGAAACCGCAGGUGCACCUCUCGAAUUACAAGCUACAAGUUCUGUUCCCAAGGACAUCCUCAAAAAUGUUCCCUCUGUCGCUUUCACCGUGCCCGACCUGGAUGGCAAAGUUCGCAUUUACAUCAACUCUACCACUGUUGGACGAAGGGUGGCAUGUGUCGAAGCCGAGCUUUCUAAUGGCAAAACCGUUUACCAGAAAGCGGUUGGCUGGACACUGGCCGUGGUUGCAGGAGUGGCCUUGACUGCCUCUGCCAUUGCAUCGGGACUUGGAUUUUCGAAUACCGCAGCCCACGUGGCCGCCAAUGCACUGUCGCUCUUUGGCUUCUUUCAGGCCCAGGCUAUGUACGGAAUGACCGCGGUCGCUAUGCCGCCAAUCGUCGAAGCUUGGACGCAAAAUUUCCAAUGGAGUAUGGGUAUCAUCCGUGUAGGGUUUUUACAAACCCUCAGCACCUGGUACCAGCAGUCUACUGGAGGCACUCCCUCUCUUAUUCUCCAGUCACUAUCCGUCACAUCUGUCAGCGUCCAGAAGCGAUCCCUGGAACUUGCUGAAAUCGCUGAAAAUUUUACCAAGAGGGCUUUGCAUACAUUGACCGCGAGAUCCUCCACCGAAACAUUCCCAGGAAACGUCAUCUUCAAGGGCAUUCUACGUGUCGGAUUCAGGGCCAAGAUUGAACCUACCAACAUUUUCAUGACCGGGCUGAUCUUUCUCGCCGUCUUCUUCAUGCUUGUCGUUCUCCUCAUAGUGCUUUUCAGGCUGUACACCAGGCUUGCUGUCCGGCUAGGAUGGAUGCGACAUGAAACAUUCGCCGAUUUCCGGAACGGAUGGACCAGUGUUAUGCGCGGUAUCUUGUUCCGUCUUAUUCUCAUCGGUUACCCUCAGAUGGCCGUUCUGUGUUUGUGGGAAUUGACACGACGUGACUCGGUUGCAGAAAUCAUCCUGGCCAUCGUCAUGAUCGUCUCAAUGACCGUUAUUCUUUUCUGGGCUGCGUUUAGGGUAGUCCGCCUUGCGAAACGAUCCCUCACGAUGCACCGAAAUCCCGCUUAUAUCCUGUACUCGAACCCCAAGUUCUUGCAUACCUGGGGGUUCUUGUAUGUUUCUUACCGUGCAACCGCGUACUACUGGGUCUUCCCCACCUUGAUAUACAUUUUCGUCAAGGGUGCUUUCAUUGGGCUCGCCCAGGGCUCCGACAUUACGCAGGCCAUCGGCCUUUUGAUCAUCGAGACGACGGCGCUUAUUCUUGCCUGUAUCUUCAGACCGUGGAUGGACAAAAAGACAAACACUUUUAACAUCGCCAUUUUCGCCAUUUACUUUGUCAAUGCCGUGUUCUUGCUUAUGUUCACUAGCGUGUUUGACCAACCGGCCAUCGUCAACUCCGUCAUGGGUGUCGUCCUUGUGUUGUACAACGCCAUCUUCGCCCUGGUUCUCUUGAUCAUGGUGCUUGUCUCUGCCGCCUAUGCUAUUUUCUCCAAGAACCCAGAUCUCCGCUACGAGCCCGUGCGCGAUGAUCGUGGCUCAUUCAUCCGAUCUCAAACCCAGCUUGAUGUUAACAAGGAGCUGGAUGCUCUUGGUGCUACGGCUAGAGGGGAGGAUAAACAUCCUUUCGAGAGACGUCCGGAAUCCUUGACGUAA